AAAUAAGGAAACAUAAAUUGUUAGUGAUUAAUUGAAUAAUAAUGGUGUUACGAAGAUAAUAAUUCGAUGACACGCAAAUCCACCAUUUUGAUAAAUCAUGAUUAAGUCAUGAAUCACAUCGAUAAUGCUUGAUAGUAUUCGAAAUAACAAAGGACGAACGAGUUUCCAGUACAUGACUAUUGUUCAUACAACUAGCAACUCAUAAAUAUUCAUUUUAUAAUGCAGGCAAUAUGUAUUAGAACAAAGUAUAUAUAAAAGUGUAAAUAAUAAAAAUUGUACAAUUAUGUAUAUGAUUAUCAAAACAUAAUUUAAGUGAAGUGAAGUGUAAUAUUUUUGGAAACAGUGUAUGAGUUGUCGAAAUCAUGUCCGACCAUAAUGAAUUGCCUUUGCCAAAAAGGUCGAUCAGGACAACUAUUGAGUUGCCAUUGUUUUUAAACAUGCUGGCAACAUUUUUAACAGUUUCAGCUGUCAGCAAUAUCCUUUUGUAUCGGACGUGUGUCCAUACCUUGAAUCACGCUGUAGAUGAAUGCAAAUUUUUUCUAUCUCCGGUAAAAACGAACGAAACAUCAGAUUUAGAAGCGGAGGUUCAAAAGUACACUACUUACAUAACAACGGUUAAAAUAAUUUUAGAAUAUAUUUGUCCUACCAUUUUAUCACUAUUUUUGGGAGGAUGGUCCGACACCUAUGGGAGAAAACCACUUCUCGUGUGGCCAUUUUUUGGUAUGUCAAUGACUGGUAUUCUCUUGGUAAUCUACGGUAUGAUGGACGGUCUCGGUCCCUGGUGGUUCCUGUCAACGGCGAUACCAUUCUCUUUAACUGGCGGGUUCGUGGUGUUAUACACUGGCGCAUAUUGCUACGUGAACGACACGAGCUCGUCAAGUACCACAGCCAUAAGAAUGAUGAUUUUGGAUGGUACAAUGGCUUUGGGAACUUUCUUCGGCUCCAUGUUUAGUUCAUAUCUCAUAGAAGCAAUUGGCAAUGUGUAUGUCCUUCUUAUAUCUGCUACCAUUAACGUGAUAGCGUACGCCUUUACAAAUAUAUGGAUUGUGGAAUCUUUGACUGGAGCAAUACAGAAUGGUGCGACAAAGAUUUUCGACUUACAGUAUAUGAAAGAGAUGUUCACUGAGUGUUUUAAAGAGCGCCCAAACUACGGACGCACUCAAAUAAUACUCAUAGCAACUGUAAGACUAUUAGUAAUGAUAGUAACCAUUGGAACCAUGAAUUUGGAAUAUUUUUAUUCGAGAAAAAAAUUGCAUUGGACAUUAAGGGAUUAUACAACGUUUUCAGCGAUUGGCACAGUCAUUGCAUUCGUUGGAGGAUUUUUUGGAAUAAUGAUCUGUCAGAGGAUAUGUCGAUUGGGUGACAUACCAUUUUCUAUAAUCGCCAUAUUGUCAGCGAUUCUAGAUAAUAUCAUCAAGUUAUUUGCUGUUCAGUCCUGGCAGAUGUACUUAAGUACUAUUGCGUCGCCGCUUAAAGGGCUCACGGGGCCGUUAAUGAGGUCCUACGUAACAAAGUUUUUGCCUACCGAAGAUAUAGCGAAGGUGUUCGCUCUUCUUUGUGCGGUUGAGAGUUUAGCGCCAAUUAUUGGACCUGUGAUAUUUAAUUCUCUAUACUCCUCUACAUUAUCUGUAUUUCCUGGCGCCAUCUACAUUCUCAGCACAGCUAUGAAUAUAGUCUCCGUAAUUAUGUUAAUUUUGGUCCAAUACUACUCGUGGAAUAGAUUGUCUGGUUAUGAAAGCAUAAACAAUUGACUCAAUCAAGAUUUUUGACAAAAUUUUAUUGUACUUAAUUGUAAAUAAACAUACAGAUUAAGAUUAA